AUGGUGUCUAUUCCAGAAACCUACCAAGAUGAAUCAUUGGAGGAUUCCCUAAAAGAAGAUGUUGUACAUGGAAACAGAACAACCAUGAAUUUUUUAAUGCUCUGUGGCUUUGGGAAUCUACAAGACCAUCAUUUAUAUUUUUUCCCAUUGUUUUUUGGAAUAUACUGCAUAACAAUUAUGGUUAAUUCUCUCAUUGUAAUAGCUGUUUCAAUCAAUAAGAGACUCCAUACUCCAAUGUAUUUUUUGCUUGGUAACUUAUCAUUCCUGGAAAUAUGGUAUACUUCAAACAUUGCCCCUAAGAUGCUGGUAGAUUCACUGAGAAAGGAGAAAAUAAUUUCAGUGACAGGUUGCAUUAUACAGCUAUACAUUUUCUGUGCCCUGGCAACUGCUGAAUGUUUUCUUCUGUUGCUUAUGUCCUAUGAUCGUUACCUUGCCAUCUGUAACCCACUACACUAUACAAAGUUGAUGAGUUGGACCUAUUGUAUUAAAUUAACUAUUUGUACUUGGUUAUGGGGUUUCCUGUCAGCAGCUGCACUGAAUUUGAUUGUAUUCACAUCUUUAACUCUCUGUGGUCCUAAUCAUAUUGAUCAUUUCUUUUGUGACUUGACGUCUUUGUUGAAAUUGUCCUGUUCCGAUACACAUGUAGCAGAGGUUGCCGUAUUUGUAGCAUGCUUUGUAGUGACAUUAUGUCCUUUCCUCUUGACUAUCACAUCGUAUGCCUAUAUUAUAUCGACUGUUAUCAAAAUCCCAUCAUCCUCUGGGAAGAAGAAAGCUUUUUCAACAUGUAGCUCUCAUCUUAUUGUGGUAAGUACAUUCUAUGGAACAUUGGGCCUUACAUCUGUAGUUUCUAUAGGGACAGAAUCAGCAGAAUUAAACAAAAUACUUUCUUUACUGUACAUUGUCCUGACUCCUAUGUUUAACCCCAUUGUCUAUAGUCUGAGGAAUAAAGAAGUGAAAGAAACCCUGAGCAAACUAUUCCGUAAUGUUUCAGCAUCCAUAAACUUGUGGAAUGUUACUCGAAAAUAUUUAUCUCUCUGUUCAAAAACCUAG